UCACUCUUCUCUCAUCCCAAUCUCAAAAGCAACAAAAACUAAAAAGAAAAAUAACACGCAAAGCAGUUGAACCCAAAAUAGUCAAAACUUUUCUUCCUGUUCAGACAGCGGAAAAUGUCAACGGAAAUAGGAAGCGCUCUGUCGGAAAUGGAAUAUUCCGGCUGCCUGAAAACGGAGCUUACGUUGGGCUUACCUGGCGGUGGAGGCGCGGCGGCGGCGCCCAAGUCCGGGUCCAAGCGCGGAUUUGGUGAACUGGUGGAUUUGAAACUGGGUGCGAGUUGCGAUCGUGACGAAGUUAGUGUCUCAACACCGCCUCCGGCCAAGGCACAAGUUGUGGGGUGGCCACCGGUGAGAUCGUACAGAAAAAACAUGAUGAAAACCUGCAAAUAUGUGAAGGUAGCUGUGGAUGGAGCUCCAUAUUUAAGAAAAGUUGAUCUUCAAAAUUAUUCUAGUUAUCAACAGCUCUUGGCUGCAUUGGAGGACAUGUUUACAUGCUUAACCAUUUGUAAUGUGAUGAAUGAGAGGAAGAUAAUGGAUUCUGCAAAUGGCACAGAAUAUGUACCUACUUAUGAGGAUAGAGAUGGGGACUGGAUGUUGGUUGGAGAUGUUCCUUGGAAAAUGUUUGUUGAGUCAUGUAAGAGAGUGAGAUUGAUGAAGAGUUCAGAGGCUAUUGGAUUAGCACCGAAAACAUCUUCGAAGGGGUUAAGCAUAAAUUGAUUAAGAAGGAUUUGGCCGCAAUCAUCUCUUGGUUUAGAGUUUCUUGUACAUAGAGGCCUUCUUUUGUUGUACUAGAUCUUUAGAAUUUAGUUAUAUGCACAAACUUUUGAUGUAUUAUCGAUUUUGGGGAUUUAUUUUCUUUUUGGAAAUUUCAAAAUACAGCAGCUAUUCCAAUGA